CUUAUUUUUUCCAGCUCUGAAAGGUGCAGGUCCACCACUGCUAUGGGAGACUCCAUCGCAGACCCAGCGCGAGGGAGCGGCGUGGAGCCCGGCUGCGUGCCGCAGGGCAACGGGGCGGCACUCAGCGUCAUCACCGAGGGCGUCGGGGAGCUGGCAGUCAUCGACCCCGAGGUGGCCAAGAAGGCCUGCGAGGAGGUCCUGGAGAAGGUCAAGCUGAUGCACGGCGUCUCCUCGGACAGCUCGACCAACGCAGGCGAUGGAGGCGAGGCGGAGCGCGGCCUGCGGGCUGCUGGGGAUUUGGCCAACGGGGAGCUGGUGGAGGGCUGUGAGAUCCGCUGCUUGGACAAUCUGCCCAGCACGGCCUCCAGGAUCCAGGAGGAGGAGGAUGAGACCGCAGCCAACACGGUGAGGACGGCCCGGAAGCGGCAGAAGAACAACUCGGCGAAGCAGUCCUGGCUCCUGCGGCUCUUUGAAUCCAAACUCUUUGAUAUCUCCAUGGCCAUUUCAUACCUGUACAAUUCAAAGGAACCCGGCGUGCAGGCUUACAUUGGGAAUAGGUUGUUCUGCUUUAGGAACGAGGACGUGGACUUCUACCUGCCGCAGCUGCUCAAUAUGUACAUUCACAUGGACGAGGAUGUGGGGGACGCCAUCAAGCCCUACAUCGUGCACCGCUGCCGGCAGAGCAUCAACUUCUCCCUGCAGUGUGCGCUGCUGCUGGGCGCCUACUCGUCCGACAUGCACAUCUCCACCCAGCGGCACUCCCGAGGGACCAAGCUGCGGAAGCUCAUCCUCUCGGACGAGUUGAAGCCAGCUCACAAGAAGAGGGAGCUGCCUUCGCUGAGCCCGGCGCCCGACAUGGGGCUGUCCCCUUCCAAAAGGACUCACCAGAGGUCCAAGUCGGACGCCACGGUGACCAUCAGCCUGAGCAGCAAUCUGAAGCGCACAGCCAGCAAUCCCAAAGUGGAGAGCGAGGAGGAGGAGCUCUCCUCGAGUACGGAAAGCCUUGAUAACUCAUUCUGUUCCCCCGUCAGGCUCGCUCCCGAACGGGAGUUCAUCAAAUCCCUGAUGGCCAUCGGGAAGCGCCUGGCCACGCUGCCCACCAAAGAGCAGAAGACGCAGCGGCUCAUCUCGGAGCUGUCGCUGCUCAACCACAAGCUGCCCGCGCGCGCCUGGCUGCCCACGGCCGGCUUCGAGCACCACGUGGUCAGGGUGCCCCACACGCAGGCGGUGGUGCUGAACUCCAAGGACAAGGCUCCCUACUUAAUCUACGUGGAAGUGCUUGAAUGUGACAAUUUCGACACGGCGAAUGUCCCAGCCAGGAUCCCCGAGAACCGCAUCCGGAGCACGCGGUCAGCCGAGAACCUCCCCGAGUGCGGGAUCACAGCCGAGCAGAGGACCAGCAGCUUCACCACUGUCCCCAACUACGACAACGACGACGAGGCGUGGUCUGUGGACGACAUCGUGGAGCUGCAGGUGGAGCUGCCAGAAAUCCACACCAACAGCUGCGACAACAUCUCCCAGUUCUCUGUGGACAGCAUCACCAGCCAGGAGAGCCGCGAGCCGGUGUUCAUCGCUGCCGGGGACAUCAGGCGGCGGCUCUCGGAGCAGCUGGCUCACACCCCCACGUCCUUCAGGAGGGACCCCGAGGACCCAUCCGCUGUCGCCCUCAAGGAGCCGUGGCAGGAGAAAGUCAGGCGGAUCAGGGAAGGGUCCCCAUAUGGACACCUCCCCUCCUGGCGCCUCCUCUCCGUCAUCGUUAAGUGUGGGGACGACCUGCGGCAGGAGCUGCUCGCCUUCCAGGUCCUCAAGCAGCUGCAGUCCAUCUGGGAGCAGGAGCGCGUCCCGCUCUGGAUCAAGCCAUACAAAAUCCUCGUCAUCUCCGCCGACAGCGGCAUGAUUGAGCCGGUGGUGAACGCCGUUUCCAUCCACCAAAUCAAGAAGCAAUCCCUGCUGUCGCUGCUGGAUUACUUCCUGCAGGAGCACGGCAGUUACAACACUGAGUCCUUCCUGACGGCACAGAGGAACUUUGUGCAGAGCUGCGCCGGGUACUGCCUGGUGUGCUACCUGCUGCAGGUCAAGGACAGGCACAACGGGAACAUCCUGCUGGAUGCAGACGGACACAUCAUCCACAUCGACUUUGGGUUCAUCCUUUCCAGCUCCCCCAGGAACCUCGGCUUCGAGACGUCCGCCUUCAAACUCACCACGGAGUUCGUGGAUGUGAUGGGGGGCCCGGAUGGGGACAUGUUCAACUACUACAAGAUGCUGAUGCUGCAGGGGCUGAUCGCUGCACGGAAGCACAUGGAUAAAGUGGUACAGAUUGUGGAGAUCAUGCAGCAAGGCUCGCAGCUCCCCUGCUUCCACGGCUCCAGCACCAUCCGCAACCUGAAGGAGCGUUUCCACAUGAACAUGACAGAGGAGCAGCUGCAGCUGCUGGUGGAGCAGAUGGUGGACGGCAGCAUGCGCUCCAUCACCACCAAACUGUACGACGGCUUCCAGUACCUCACCAACGGCAUCAUGUGAGCGCAGCCCCCCCUGCGGGGACGUGGGACCCCUUCCUGGGGACGGCCCUUCUGCUUUGGGGGUCUUUUUCUUUUGUGUUGAGGGACUCCUAAAAACAAGAACACAAAACGGAGCGGAAAAAUCCCUCCUUGUGCGAAUGGGAGUGAAAAUGGGCACAUGGGGCACGUGGGGGACGUGGGCUGCGCCGUCCCUGUGGGGCCGGGGGGCUGCAGAGGGCUGCAGGGCGGUGGGGAGCGCUGCCAAAAAACACUGAUGGGGUCGGGGGGGUGAAUGGGUCUGACCCCCACCUGUGAGUGCCAGCAGUGCUGCGUGGAGGUGAAUCCCAUCGGCCCCAUCCCUGCAUAUGCCCCCACGCAGCCUCUGGGGGGGUCCCUGCAGGCCCCUUCCUUUGGUCCCCCCUCCCAAUGGCCCCAUCCUGCGCUCCCACUGCAGCCCCUCACCAUGGGGUCCCGCUGGGGCCGAUGCCCACCUGGGUGCCCCCACCCCCUCACUCUCCUUUCCAGUUUUUUGUGUGGUUGUUUUUUUUUGGACUCUGUUCCCCCCUUUUGGGACUGUGAAGUGUUUCCCCCCCCUUCCCACAAUAAUGUCUGUGGCUGCUUUGUCCCCCCCGGACCGUCUGGCCCCACAGCAGCAGUGGGAUGGGGUCAGGGCAGCACUGAACCCCCUGGAAGGAGUGAAGGAAAUGGGGAUUCCUACUCUAUGUGGGGGCAGUGCUGCUGACCCACAGUUGCUCCCUGAAGCCCCACUGCCCCAAUCCCCCAUGUCUGUAGGGCCGUCCCCCCCCCUCCAUCCCCCUCUGUUCUUUCAGCACUAAUUAUUUGUCACAGUGAUUAUUUCGCAUUAAAAAAAACAAAACCAACA